AUGAAGAAGACGACACACGCGACGACGAGAGAGCAGGCCAGCCGAGACUUGGAGACUUUUCCUCCUCAGAUGCCAUCGCGCCGCGUCGCCGUGAUCGGCGCGGGGGCGGCCGGCCUGGUGGCUGCGCGGGAGCUGCGGCGGGAGGGCCACGCGCCCGCGCCCGUCGUCUUCGAGCGCGCAGUCGGCGUGGGCGGCACCUGGCGCUACGACGACGCGGCCUCGGCGGACCCGCUCGGCGCCGGCGGCGUCCACGGCAGCCUCUACGCAUCCCUCCGCACCAACCUGCCCCGCGAGUCCAUGGGCUUCCUCGACUUCCCCUUCGUCGCCGAUGAGGGCUCCAUUGACCCGCGCAGGUUCCCCGGGCACCAGGAGGUGCUCCGAUACCUCGAGACGUUCGCGCGGCGCUUCGAUCUCCUUGGGCUGGUCCGGCUCCAGACCGAGGUGGUCGGCGUCCGCCGCAGCAGGGUCGACGGCGUGGGCGCGGGUGCGGCGGGCUGGACGGUCUCCUACUGCUCGAGGAAGCUCGCCGGCGGGGAACUACAGGAGGAGGAGGAGCAGUCGGAGGUGUUCGACGCCGUUGUCGUCUGCAACGGCCACUUCGCCGAGCCCCUCCUCGCGGACAUCGCCGGCAUAGGCGGCUGGCCCGGGAAGCAACUGCACAGCCACAGCUACCGUGUGCCCGACCCGUUCCACGGCCAAGUCGUGGUGGUAAUAGGAUACCACCCCAGCGGGAUGGACAUCUCGAGGGACAUCGCCGGCGUUGCCAAAGAGGUCCAUGUCGCCAUUCGAGCGGCUCCUGCCGAGAUGCAGAGCGCCACUGCCCAUGCCAACCUGUGGCUACAUCCCAUGAUUGAAUGUGCCGAGGAAGAUGGCAGCGUGGUGUUCCAGGAUGGCAGUCGGGUCAAGGCGGACUCAAUCGUGCACUGCACAGGGUACAAGUACGGGUUCCCGUUCCUGGAGGAGGAUGGUAUAGUGAGCGUGGACAACAACCGUGUGGGUCCGCUUUACAAGCACGUGUUCCCGCCACAGUUGGCCCCUCACAUCUCCUUCAUUGGAUUACCAUUCAAGUUGAUCCUUUUUCCAGUGUUCCGGCUCCAGAGCAACUGGGUGGCGGGAGCACUGUCAGGAAGGAUCGAGCUCCCGUCACCGGAGGAGAUGAUGUUGGAUGUCAUGGCAUUUUACUCCGACAUGGAAGCCCGCGGAUGGCCCAAAAGAUUCACACAUAACCUAGGAGUGGAAGCAUGGACGUUUGAGUAUCAGGACUGGUUGGCGGAGCAGUGCGGGCUGGAGAAGAUGGAAGAGUGGAGGAGGGUGAUAUACGUUGCGGCGAGAGCGAGGGUGUUGGUCCGGCCGGAGAGCUACCGUGACGAGUGGGACGACGACCAACUGGUGGCCCAAGCACACAUCACCUCAUCGACGGCUACUUAUGGUUUAGCUUCUGUCGGCUUCUCGUCCCUUCGGGGACAUGCGAUAAAAGAGUUUAGAUGA